AUGAGAGGAGCAGCUAUGAGUCUAACUGCAGCAGCGAGUGGAUUAGUUGUCUUCCUGCUCUCUGUGUCAGCGGUUCAGGGUCAGUAUGGCUGGGGAGCGACUUACUCUUCUACUCAGAUCUGUGCAGUGAAAGGAUCAACAGUGGAAAUAAGCUGCAGCUACAGAUACCCAUCUACAAUAAAUCACCAAGUAAACACAGUACAGAAAACCUUCUGGUUUACUCAGAAGAAAGAUGGUGAACUUGUAGAUCUGACCACAGCCUCAGAGUAUGCAGGUCGUGUAGAGGAUCUCUGUGGAAACAACAGAUGCACUCUGAGAAUCAAAAACCUGAGAGAGAGCGACUCAGCUGAGUACAGGUUCAGGUUCAAAACAAACAAAGAUACAUAUACUGCUUCACCAGGAGUCACUUUGUCUGUCACAGAUCCAGAUCUACUGGUCAUCGGAAAAACAAUAGUCCACCAGAGUAAUUCCAAAGCAGAGCUUCAGUGUCACAGCAGAUGUAUUUUACCUCAUGAUCCUUCCUACAUCUGGUACAAGAACGGACAGAACAUUCGGGGAGAAACCUCUUCUUCUUUUUCAGUCUAUUUUGAUUCAGCUGACAGCUUUUCCUGCGCUCUUAAAGGACAUGAGAAUUUCCCGUCUCCUUCACAGUGUGUUGACGGUCAAACCUGUAACAGAGUGAUUCACACUGACAGGAGCAUCUGUGCCUUCAAAGGAUCAUCAGUGGACAUUUCCUGCAUAUACAGCAGUUAUGAAUCGAUCACUGAUGGAUUCUGGUUCAGUCCUGAGCGUUAUCAUCAGGGACAGAACCCCUCUCAACCUGAGGACCUUAGUGAAGACUCCCAGUAUGCAGGUCGUGUUCAGAUCCUUGAGACAGAGAGAGGACACUCCACUCUGAGGAUCUCUGACCUGAGAGACUCAGAUUCAGCUCAGUAUCUCUUCAAAUUCAAAACACCAAGCUUUGAAUGGAGGAGUGAUUUACCUGGAACAACUCUGACUGUCACAGCUCUCCAGGUGCAGGUGAUCAGAGCAAAGGUCUACAACUAUUCUACUGAGGCAGAGCUGAAGUGUCACAGCAGCUGCAGUCCAGCUGGUUCUCUGAACUACGUCUGGUUCAAGAACGGAGAGAAAAUCACAUCGAUGAAUACAUCUUCUUAUGAAGGCUUGUUUCAGCCCAGAGACAACAUAUAUUGUGCUUUGGAAGGACAUGAAGACUUCCCCUCUCCUGCAGUGUAUGGUCCAAAGCCUCCCUCUGUGUCAGUGAGUCCCUCUGCUGAGAUAGAGGAGGGCAGUUCAGUGACUCUGACCUGUAGCAGUGAUGCUAACCCAGCAGCUAACUACACCUGGUACAAGAAGGAUGGAAGUGCAGACCUUUCUUCUGUCAGUGAAGGACCACGUCUCGUCCUCAGCUCCAUCCAGUCCUCUGACUCUGGACAGCAUUACUGUAGAGCUGAGAAUCUGCUGGGGAGUAGAACAUCUGAAUCCAUCUCUAUUGAUGUGAAAUACUCUCCAAAGCCUCCCUCUGUGUCAGUGAGUCCCUCUGCUGAGAUAGAGGAGGGCAGUUCAGUGACUCUGACCUGUAGCAGUGAUGCUAACCCAGCAGCUAACUACACCUGGUACAAGGAGGAUGAAGACUCUCCAAAAGCUUCAGGACAGAUCUUCACCAUCACUGACUUCAGAGCUGAACACAGUGGGAGUUAUUCCUGUGGAGCCCAGAACAAGUUAGGACGUAGUAACUCCACCUUUCAUCUGAUUGUUGUGGCAGGGAGUUCAACAAUGAUAGUGAAUAUCAUCAGGACGACUCUGGGGGUCUUGAUUCUGAUUCCUGUGUUUCUCCUGAGUCUGUGGAUGAGGAAGAAGAAAGCUCUGCGCUCCACCACUGAAGCACCUGCACCUGAAGAGAUAGAGUUGGACUCUGAUCCUGAGUAUGAGAACGACUCACACACUGCAGCACAGACAGAAGACACAGAGGAGCAGGAAGACAUGGUGUGAAGUCCAGUCAGGUUAGAGCCUCCUGCAUCAGAUCAAACAGGCCCACUCCACAUGUAGGGUCACAGUUCCAGCUGUAACUUUACACAAAGUCUCUGUGAUUUUCUUCAGAUGCUCACCUGAUGGAAACAAAGAAGAAGGACUUUGAAAUGUCCCUGUGGAGAGCGAGGCUGUGCAGGAUGUGUGCAAAGUGGAUAUAUGAAUGUUCAACUCUUAAACGUUUUAUUGUCAGUUGUCAGUAGCAGCAGCUUGUAGGUUUAGAAGAAUGAGCGGCUGGCAGCUUGAACUGAAUCAUGUCGAGGUGUCAAACAUGAUUUAUCGUUAAGACCAGCUGAUGGUCAGGUGCUCUAUAUUACUGCUUCAGCUAUGUGUACAUGCUUAUUUGUUAUAUGCAGAGUUGUUGAUAUUACAAAAGUCUAGUCAAAUUGUUUUUUUUAUUCCACAUAAUAAAUAACUUUUAAAA